AUGGCGAAGUUUCAUCUGUCCGCCGUGCUAUGGGCAUGGAUCAUGGUCCUUGUCCAGUUCACAUCGCCUGUACGUGGCAUUUCCUCGCCUCCGUCUGCUGAGGGGGCUCCUCGGGCCGCCUUGGUAACCCUCGCCCACGACUACGACCUCGACGCUAUGCUCUUCACCAUGCAGCAACUCGAAGAAAAGUUCAACAACCGAUACCAGUACCAGUGGAUCUUCUUCAGCACCGAAAUGCUCGGUGAUGACUUCAAGGAACUCACGUCCAACGCUACCAAUGCCACCUGCAUCUACGAAGUCAUCCCCAACGAGAACUGGGUCAUUCCCGGAUGGACCGAUCCAUCUCAGGUUCCGAACUCGCAGGAGAACAACAUGGAAAACGGUACCGAAACACGGAAGCCGAUUGCCAACAUCCGCCAGAUGAAUCGCUGGAACUCGGCCCCGUUUGCCAAAGAGAGACGUCUUCGUGACUACGACUGGUUCUGGAGAAUUGAGCCCGGCGCCCAACUGACCCAGGACAUCCCCUUUGACGUUUUCCGUUUCAUGCGAGACAACGGCAUCGCCUACGGAUUCAACCCGGCCAUCUUCCAACGCACCAACCUGCGAGACAUCUCCCCUCGGAUCAAGUCAUUUGUCGACAAAUACCCGGAUCUCCUGCACGAAGAUGCCGACAUGUCGUGUCUUCUGGGUAAUAAGUCGGACCCAGCGAUGCGACCUUGUGAUUCGGAUGACGACAUUGACGACCUUCUAGAGGAUGAGGACAAGAGUGGACUGAAGAUGCGCAUCGCCUAG